GAGAGAGAAGCACCGUCACUACCGCCAUUGAACGUCAACAUGCCUCUCUCGGCUAUCAAGACGGUCGCAAAGCCUCAAAAUGGCGUGGGCGCCUUUAUCCUGCCCUGCAAAUCCAUAACCUUCCACUACUGCAACUGGUGGGGCUCCUCCCGGGGCAUGAAUGCCUUCCUCAAGACCUCGUUGCCUACAUUCGCAAAGCGCAAUCCUCAGAUCGAAAUCUCUGUCAGCCCGCGGCCAAGGCACCACCCCGUAAUUAUUGCAAACUACAUCAACGGUGCACAACGGGCCAUUUGUGUCAGGAACCUGCAAAACGAGGGUGUAAGGGAAAAGGCGGAAAUGUUGAGGAAUAGCACGGGAGAGAAGAAUAGGAAGCUGGAUGGACGGCCGGUGAAGAGUCUCAACGAGAGUGUUAGGGGUAUCUGGAGUCCGUUCCACGGAAGCAAAAUUAAGAUAUGAGGGGCAUGAGGGAUACCUGAUUGCUGAACAUGAAGAGCCUGGAAGAUUACGAUGGUUGAAUUGGAAGAAGCAGGAAUACAGGCUGAGAAUCACGUGGAUACGCCAAAUAACGUCCCACCAGGUGUAAGAGAAGCAUCGGUGGCGCACAUUGAAUUGACCAUGCAUAGCGUCUGUACAAACAAUGUAUCAAAUACAAAACAUCAUGCAUCA